AUGGCGGACACGACACCUCACCGAGGCACGAAGCGACCUCACCACGACCAGAACCCUCACACCACGCGCACGGUGCGGCGGAAGCUCUAUCACGUCCAGUCAAAGCCUCAGCAUGUCGAGCCCGCAUCUCAAGCGCCUGUUUUCGCCCAAGGGCAGCUUCUACGAAGCAUCAGUGCGGCCUUAGCGACGGCCGGAUUCGACAGCGUGAAGCCGUCAGCACUGGAAAUGUUUCGGUCACACACAGAAGAGUACAUGCUCAACUUCUUACACGACGUGCGCGCGUCCAUGGCGACCUCCCGUCGCUCGAAGGGUACUGCACUCGACUUUGCCUCCGCUCUCGCUCACACCCCCAAUACCUCGAGCGCAUCUCUACUCGCCCCUCAACUCCGGUUCAUGGUGCCGGAGAGCAUAUCGUUCCCAUCGAUUCCCGAACCAGGUCCUCCACCCCCGCCGCCGCAAGACUUUAGCUCCCUCCUAGCCCCUCUCGUGGAGACGCAGGCUCCAAACUACAUCCCUCGACAUUUUCCGAACCUACCACCUCAACAUGCAUGGCGACACACUGAUGUCUACCCCGAGCGAGAACGCGAUGCUCGGAAAAUGCGUGAGAAGGCUACGGAGGAGGGUAUUAUGGCCGAGCAGGCGCUCAGAAAGCUUGCCGCUGCUGCGAAGGCUGGCGCUGCGAAGGCGGAGAAGAGGCGACUGAACACGCUUAGCGGGCCGGGUCGAAGGGUGCGUGACGCGGGCAGGAAUGGGAAGGACAGGCGGAGAACUCAGAGAGAAAGUCCUGCUGAUGAGGAUAUGUUUGGUGACAUGAUGAAGGAGCUUGGUGGUGGGGUUGACCAGGACGAGACACAGGCAAUGGAACUGGGACUGGAUGGUACGAACGAUUUGAAGGAGCAGGGCUUGGACGUGGGCAUGCCUGAGGGACUAGUGAUCAAUUCUGAUAUGGCUGGGUGGAGGAGAGGAGGAAGAAAAGGGCUGAGAUUGUGA